CGCGAACAACGUGCUGCUUGUGGAUAGUUGGUCGCCGAUCAGCCGCCAGUUGUUGUCUUCUUCCCGACCGGUAAUAAUGACGGCCACCGGCCCCAUGCACUACGCAAGCGCAGAGUGGAUCUUGACGAGCUCGAGACAAGGUCAAACGUCGUGGCGCUCGCGCGUGUCGUAUACUGCCGGUGCGAAGAAACGCAGUGGUCGCGGAAGUCGCGGGGGCUGACAGAAUCGCGAAGCGGCGACGCGCGUCGGCAGUUUCGCGGAGAGCCUGCACGCCGGAGGAGCGAGCAGCAGCCCAUGGCACCGGUGGCAGCUUUGGUCACGGAGCUCUACAUGAGCGCGUGCAAGUGGUACGACCGUAUCGUCAACUUCAACACCACCAUCCAGCCAUCCACAAGACCCCUGUACGAGCCAGACGUUCCCUUCGAAAAGGCCACUUUCGGCAUGGGUUGCUUCUGGAAAUCCGAGUCCUUGUACGGUUGCGCCAAGGGAGUGCUGCGGACCACCGCUGGCUUCGCCGGAGGCACCAAGAAAGAUCCCACAUAUCGCUCGCUGUCCGACUACACAGAGGUGGUGCGCAUUGAGUUCAAUCCCAAGGAGACCAGCUUCAAGGAGCUGCUCAAGCUCUUCUGGCCGAACCACGAUCCGACCCGCGAACACAUCAGCAGGGAGUACAUGUCCAUCAUCUUCUGCGAUAGCGACGCCCAGGAGAACGAGGCAAAGCGGUCGCUGGAGGAGAUCCGAAAGAACUACCGCGCACCCGUGGUCACCAAGAUCCUCAAACUGGAGCAGUACCACCUGGCUGAAAUGCACCACCAGAAGUACCGGCUACAGCGACAAACCGCACUGUACAAGAGCCUAAUCCAGUCCGGCAUGAGGGACGUGACCACGAGCCACGUGGCGACGCGACUCAACGGCUACGUGGCCGGCUUCGGCACCAUGGCCGCCUUCGAUGCUGAAUGCGACCGGCUGGGCCUCUCCGCCGACCAGGCCAACGCCGUUCGUGCUCUGAUUCGCAAGGGCAGAGCUCGCUGAGCACCCUGCGAGGCCGCCUUCCCUCCAGCUGUUACUGUACAAGGCCCGAAAGCGGAGCUCUGCUGGCCACGAGACGUCCUUACUCUCGAUAGCUAAAAGGUUAAGAUCUGUCGACCAUGUCCAAGGAUUCUCAAAUAAAUCGCCCCCAAGCAGACA